CUUUUGCAUUACACGAAUUAAAUCCCCCUCCCCCACUAAGUUUUAACUGGUUUUGCUCAAUGGGUAAUCUAGACAUGAAGACCCUUUUGAGCAAUUCUGUGUUCUUGUUCAUCUCGUGCCUUUUGCUUCUCUUUGCUAACGGUUCGUUGGCAAAUGUCAAGACCCACUACCAUGAUUUCAUUGUCCAAGCAACACCAGUGAAGAGGCUGUGCAAGACCCACAACAUAAUCACUGUGAAUGGCAUGUUCCCUGGACCAACGCUUGAGAUCAACAAUGGAGACACCCUCGUAAUCAAAGUCACCAAUAGAGCUCGUUACAAUGUCACUAUUCACUGGCAUGGUGUGAGACAGAUGAGAACUGGGUGGGCAGAUGGUCCAGAAUUUGUGACACAGUGUCCUAUCAGACCAGGAAGCAGCUACACGUACCGGUUCACAAUUCAAGGUCAAGAAGGCACCCUUUGGUGGCAUGCUCACAGCUCUUGGCUCAGAGCCACCGUCUACGGUGCCCUUAUCAUCCAUCCCAAACAUGGCUCUUCUUACCCUUUUCCUACUCCUCGCCGCCAAGCCACUUUGCUUCUUGGUGAAUGGUGGGAUGGUAACCCUAUUGAUGUUGUGAGAAGAGCAACCAGAACAGGAGCAGCUCCACAAGUGUCUGAUGCGUACACCAUUAAUGGUCAGCCUGGUGAUCUUUACAAAUGUUCAAGCAAAGGCACAACCAUAAUUCCCAUUGACUCUGGAGAGACCAAUCUUCUCCGCGUUGUCAACUCCGCCCUAAACCAAGAACUCUUCUUCUCCAUCGCAAACCACAAGCUCACCGUGGUGGGUGCUGAUGCCUCCUACACUAAGCCAUUUACCACAUCAGUCCUAAUGCUUGGCCCGGGGCAAACCACCGAUGUUUUGAUCUCUGGUGACCAACCACCAAACCGGUAUUACAUGGCUGCACGUGCCUACCAAAGCGCACAAAAUGCACCGUUUGGUAACACCACCACGACGGCAAUCCUCGAGUAUAAGUCUGCUCCUUGUCCAGCCAAGAAAGGCAUAUCGAGCACUCCGAUCAUGGCUUCUCUUCCAGCUUUUAACGACACAAAUACUGCUACUACCUUCUCCAGAAGCUUUAGAUCUCCUAGAAGAGUCGAAGUCCCUACAGAAAUCGACGAAAAUCUCUUCUUCACAAUCGGUUUAGGACUCAACAAUUGUCCCAAAAACUUCAAGCCAAGCAGAUGCCAAGGGCCUAAUGGCACUCGUUUUACAUCCAGCAUGAACAAUGUGUCUUUUGUUUUACCGUCAAAUUUCUCAUUGUUGCAGGCUCACUAUCAAGGAAUUCCAGGAGUUUUCACUACAGAUUUUCCCCCAAACCCGCCUCUGAAAUUCGAUUACACAGGCAACGUCAGUCGAUCUUUGUUUCAACCUGUUCCAGGAACUAAGCUCUAUAAGCUUAAAUAUGGGUCUACAGUGCAAAUUGUAUUGCAGGACACUAGCAUUGUCACACCUGAAAAUCACCCUAUUCAUCUCCACGGAUAUGAUUUCUACAUCAUUGCAGAAGGUUUUGGAAACUUUAAUCCAAGAAAAGACCCUGCUAAAUUCAACCUCAUAGAUCCACCUCUCAGAAACACUGUUGCAGUUCCUGUUAAUGGAUGGGCUGUUAUCAGAUUUGUUGCAGACAAUCCGGGUGUGUGGAUAAUGCAUUGUCACUUAGAUGUUCAUAUCACUUGGGGUUUGGCCAUGGCUUUCCUAGUAGAGAAUGGAGUUGGAGAAUUGCAAUCUAUAGAAGCACCACCACCAGAUUUGCCGAUCUGUUAGGAUGAUCUUCAUCACCGAAAAAAUAAAAUAAUGAAACCUAAUAACUAGGUUCACAAAUUCUUUUUCUCGUCUAUUAAUUCUUAUAUGAAUUCGAGUAUAGUUGUUUUCCCUGCAUUUGGGGAUCUACUUCUUGUUAUGUUCCAUUCUUCUUUUUGAUAGAUAAAAAACGGGUUUAGAGAGAAUAGUACCAUGGGAGCCUUUCCAUGUUUCUUCACUACUAUAUUAUUCAUGUAUUUUUCCCAUAUACUUAAUG